AUGCUAGAUGAUCUUAUCCCAAAUGUGUUCUCGGUUUCUAGGAUUUUCAGGUUUUCGAACUCCUUGGUCGUGGGGGCUUCGCCCAAGUGUAUCGUGCCAAAUCGAUUAUCACCGGCCAAGAGGUCGCAAUUAAAAUGGUACGUCUCAAUUUUGCGCUUUCUGGUUUACAUCGACAAGAAAUAUAUGCAUCAACAUGGCCUUACUCAUCGCGUUCAACGGGAGGUUGAAAUUCACAGUCGAUUGAAGCAUCCUGCGAUCCUUGAGCUGUACACAUGCUUUGAAGAUGCGAAUUAUGUCUACUUAGUUCUCGAAUUUUGUGACAAUGGUGAGCUACAGGCCUACAUUCGACAGAACGGAUCGGUUUCUGAGGAUAUGGCUCGCCACUAUAUGAAGCAAAUCAUCAGUGGUUUGCUUUAUCUCCAUUCGCACAACAUCCUCCACAGAGAUCUAACUUUGGCCAAUCUGCUUCUGACAAAGGAUAUGAAAGUGAAAAUUGCUGACUUCGGUCUUGCGACAAAAAUUGAGCCUGGUGAAGACCAUACUACCAUGUGUGGUACCCCUAAUUACAUUUCACCGGAGGUCGCAAGUCGUGGUCAUCAGGUCCUGGAGACGGAUGUUUGGUCCCUUGGUUGUAUGCUCUACACCUUGGUAGUGGGUCGUCCUCCAUUUGACACUCGUGAGGUCAGGAGCACUCUAAAUCGAGUAAUCGCUGGGGACUACGAAAUGCCUACUCAUCUUUCUCCCGACUGCUCUGAUCUCAUCGCCAAACUCCUGCGAAAACAACCGCAGGACCGUAUCAAACUCUCAGAUAUGAUCCGGCAUCCCUUCAUAACUAGAAGCGCAACAUCCAGACGCAAAAUUGUGAAUGAGCACUCCAGAGACAGUGGGAUUGAUUCAAUGUCACGUACGCCCACUACCGCAAUGCUCUCAAACUCAGUCACAGCCACAACUACUACAGCAUCCACCGGGAACAGUCGUCACUCUCUCUCUUGCCGGCCAGGUGCAAGCAUUCUACCCCCACGUCCAUCUUCUCGCCUCUCAGUGGACAUGCAUCAUUCAGGGCAGAUCCACCAACCUUGUCACCCAACACCACUUACCCCCUUCGAUUCGAGGCCUAAUCAACCUCCAAUUUCUGCAACGCGACUUCGCGGUGGCUCUCUGCAACACCUUCCACCCCCCUCAAAGACUUUGUCGGGCUUAUCUAUUGCGACCUCAUCCUCAUCUCCCUGUCGGUCUGCUUCAGUGGGAAGUCUUCAACGCACUCCGCACCAGCCAAGACUCUCAGCUCUCUGUUCCUAUCGACUGCGUCCAAUGCGCACCAUCACCCGCAUGGCAGUGAUCAACAUUCUCCCCGAUGAGUCGGUUUGUUUGGAAUUUUUCGAUCCGCAAGUGGGCCAACAGAAGCUUGUUGUUGAAGUUAUGGGCAUCUCAGCUGAUGGGCAGGAGGUGAUCGUUUACUACCCGAAUGGAGGACGCGGAGUGCCUCCGAAUGCGAGCAGCCCUGUGGCAGCAUGCUCUGGCGACACAUAUGGAGUGUAUAGACUCGCUCAGCUCCCUGAAAAAUACUGGAAGAAAUACCAGUUUGUAUCCAAGUUCAUAAAUAUGGCCAAAGCUCACACACCCAAAGUGACACUGUACACACCGCGAGCUAAGUGUAUCCUAAUGGAGAAGGUGGAGCCCCAAGCAGAUUUUGAGAUGGAAAUGCUUGUAGAUGGCAGUCGAGUUGUCUGUCUUGGUGGCGAUGCAGCCGGGACAGUCCAAGUCAUCACCCAGACCAAUGGCACCAUUACCGUUGACCGCAGACAGCCUUUGGAUAACCUUCCAACCGCAACCAGGGAACUCAUUUCCUAUGCGGAAAGGUGUCGACGUCGUUGCUUGGAGAUCGAGAGUUCAUUGGAGAAGUUCAAUGUUGCCAUAUCUCCGUUGGAUCCGGAAGUCUUGUCGCCUUUCCCCAUCAUAAUUGGUCGCCGAGCCUGCAUGGCUCCUAAACCCAAAGGUCCCAUCACGUCAGCAUGCCUCUCUCAGCUCGUGGCUAGUUGCAUCACCCCGGUCAGGGGUAAUCAACCGCACCCUCCUUCACGCCACUAUGAACCUCUAUUUGUCCCCUCUGUUGGAUGGGUCUCACAGCCAUCACCGGAGGAGUUACAGGUUCAGUUCAACGACGGCGCCCGACUUAUAGUUGUUUAUUCCACAGCAACAGUCCACAGCAUUCGUUACCAUCCUCCAGCAACGUCUGAUGAGGGCGAGGUGGAGCAGGUCUACUCGACUGCGUCAUCCUCCGCGCCUCUGCCAGCCGAGGCCCUAAUGAGAUUUAAGGAAUUCAAUGUUCGAGCACUUUUUACCUACAGAAAACUCUUGGAUAAAAAACAACAUGCAGUAGCAUGGGGCGAUUCCAACGGAAACAUAACCAUUCUCCUUCUCGAUGAUUUUGCCGAUCUUCUUCACGGAUGGCGACUGAUGCGACCAAUGGAAGUUCAGCCUACAAUGAGUAUCAGCGCUGUGGUAGUAGACCCAAAAGUCUCCUUUGUUCGAUGGAAGACUCACGACGAAUGGACUGCUAAGAGCAUUCGAGUGUGGAACCUCGCCACUGGCAAAUUGGUUUCUGAGGUCACAGACGCGCAUGAUGGAGAACCAAUCACAUGCAUGUGCUUCGACCUGACCGAGAGACGUCUGAUAACUGGUGGUCGAGACGGUGUUGUGCGUAUUUGGAACCAUCACUCCGGGGCUUGUUUGUUGGAGCUGCGACCCAUUGUUGGAUGGAAUGAGCGAGUAACGCUCUAUCAAGACGAUACAGAUGCAAUUUGGAGAGAAAGGAGUGAGAAGGUUGAACAACUUUUUCUCCCACCUUGGCGUCAUGAUGGCACCACAGUGGAGGGACAUCGAGAGAAUAUCUGCGAAAUGACUGUCUCAAAGCACUCUUAUCUUCUGAGCACUGGUGACUUUGGUGGCGAAAUUUGCAUCUGGAACGCUGUCAGUGGACAUGUGUUGAAACGGCUUAAGGCACCGACUGAAGUCAAAAAUCAUCAAAGGCGGUGUGUAGCUCGAUUGGCAUUUCUUGAAAGUAGGAAGGACUUAAAAAAUGCAGCCAAUCUAGUCUCCUGUGGACCAAAUGAAAUUAUUCACUUUUGGGCUCUCUAUACCAGUAAGCCUCACUACGCUUCCUUCCCGGUGUCUUCCGUCAAUGAUGUAGCGGCUCUGACGAUAGCCUUGGGACAGUGUACAGAGAAUCGAAAAACUACUGACACACAUCUCUUUACUGGUGAUGAAAUGGGAUGGAUUCAAGUGUGGAACAUCAAAAAUUAUGCUUUGUGCGAGCCUGAAAAGACACAUCCACCAAUGUUGUAUAUUUGGAGAGCGCAUACGGAGCGUGUCACCAGUAUGGAAGUAAUCAACAUGAAGCAACUCCUAGUCACCACGUCUGUCGAUUGCUGUGCAAGAUUGUGGUCAUGGAGGGGUGUCUUCAUUGGAACAUUUGGUCAGCCUACACCAUGGGAUGUGGCGACCUCGACACUGGCGAGCUGCCAAAUAGGGCCAUUUGAUGUAUUGAUGGAUCCACGGACUCAUGUAGUCCCAGAACUUCACGCGAUUCAAGCGAUGACAACUUUAACUGGUACAACAUCCAGUGAAGUACGACAGGAUGCAGAAUUUGACAACUAUACUAGAAAACUUUUUGGUGCAUUAUCUUCCCAGAGUCGGUCAAUAUACGAGGCGAUUGCUGAACUUCUAAACAACCCAGAAAGCGUCCUCGACGAGAUGGAUGUCAAGGGCAAUGAAGAAUUAGGGUUGAACAAUGAGGAUUUUAGAAGAAUGGGAGUACAUCCAAGGAUUUUCCAUCACCUUAAGAUCUACCCUCUUACGGAUGAGGCUACGCUUGUAAAACCCGAAAGCUAUACUGAUCCUGAGAGAAUGAUGGAGGACGUGGAAGAAGCAAAGUUGGAAGAAGAGUUGACGCCGUUGAAACCCACUAUUGAAGACCAUGCAUUCUUUUUGUUGCGUUUGGUAUAUUACUACCGCGGCUCAGAAGAAUUGCCUAUUAUGAGCCUUGAAUCGUUUAUGCGACAAGACUCAUUGUAA